AAUGUUCAACUUGCAAAAUCCUUCUUUUCUUUUUUUUUAUUUCACCAAAACAUCCACUUUUCUUUACUUGAAUACCAUUUUACUGCUUCUGGUCGUUGACUUGCGCCUUCGCCUCCAACCCUCAUUCCUCUCUUUAUCCCAUUUUGGCCAUUCAAGUAUUUUAACUGUUUAUGUAUGUCAGUCAUCAACUUAA